AUGAGUUCGAAAUGUUUUUGGAUUAAAGUAAAUAAAGGGGCACCACUUCCAAAUGAACCAGUAUUAAUUGAUGGAUAUUUUACAAAAAAAGGAAAUUUUACAAAUGCAAGGAGGUUUUUUAGAGUUUAUAAUUCUUUUAUUUAUUAUUUUGAUGAAAAGAAUACAGAUAUUGCUAAAGGAUAUUGUGUAAUUGAUUUUGAUUUGAAUUUUGAAAUAGUAAGAAGUAAGGAAAAAAAAGAAAACAAUGCUCUUGGACAUCCUAAAGGAAUAAUUUUAGAUAAAGCAAAUUAAAAAACGGAAUUAGCUUCAAAUGAUGAAAACUUUAUUUUAAAAUGGCGAGAUAUAUUAAGAGAAAAGAUAAAUUAAAGAGGAUUCCAUGAACAAUACAAAGCAAUUAAAAAAAUAGGAAAAGGAAAUUUCGCAAGUGUAUAUUUAGCAGAAAGACUUGAAGACAAUAAAAGUUUUGCAGUGAAAGCUUUUUCAAAAGAAGCUGCUUAUUCAUAAGAAACGGGAAAGUUUUUAUAAAUAAUAUUUUAUUUAUUUAUUUAUUAAACAAAAGGAAUCUUUAAUAAAUGA